UGGUUGGCUGACACUUGGCUCUCGCAGCCCCAAGCGCGCCAUGCAGAGCUUGUUGAGCCUCACGGGGUCUGGAGAGAACUAAUGUACCCCACCUGCCCCGUCGUUCUCACGCGCCCUUGGGAUGGCCAGAAGCAAAAAAUUGUCACGCCCUCUCUCUCCCCGCCCCUCCCUCCUCCACCACCACCCGCUUCGUCAUGCCACAGACUCCCACCUGGCAACUGCGCUCCCCUCAAAACUUACCAGUUACCAAACCCCAGCCGCAUUCCAGAAGACUCUUGCCACAAGGUUCCAUGCAUGCAUCUUGACCCCGACCCCGAACGCGCCAGCCAUUCCACGGCAUCAUUGCCUAGCUGGGUCAGGAAUUGGGCGAUUAUUAUCCCUACGUGUAUAGUUCCAUGA